UAUUUAUUUCCGCUUUCAAGUUUAAAUUUAGUAUCUUGUAUGUUACAUAUCCUAGAGAAAUUGUGUAUAGUUAAAGAAAUUCAAUGACAUCCUACUGUUAAUAAAUUAUCAGAAUGUGGAUCUGUCCUGAAUGUUAUGAGGAAAAUAUUCCUAACAAUGAAUCGUGUAGUAAAUGUCAUACUAUUAAGCCAGAUACUGACCCGAAAGUAAGGCGGGAACAUAGACGUGCUGAUGUAUUAAAAGAUAAGAAGACGAUGUACACACAUCCUGGUCCAUACGGAUGGAAAUUAUCAAAACAUGGCACAACAUCAGACACAGAGAAUAUGUCAACUGACACGGCCAAACAUAUAACUUCAUGUAGAGAUGAUUAUACAGUCGUUGCAGCAUUGGAUUUAGGAACAACAUAUUCUGGGUUUGCAUUCUCGACAAGACAGAAUCCUUUGGACAUACAGCAUGUGGAGAAUAUCCCAACGUUAUUAUUAAUAAAUCCAGAGAAAAAGUUCGUAGGGUUUGGAAACGACGCUAUCAGGAUAUAUUCUGAAUUGGUAAAAACUGGACAACACACUGGUCAUUACUUUUUACAGAAAUUCAAAAUGGAUCUUUAUGAGAAUGAGCAAAUUUCAACUGAAAUGACAAUACAAGAUAUGUCAGGAAAACCAAUAGAAGCUUUACUUGUUUUUGGAUAUUGUAUCCUUGCGCUCAAGAAAUACCUAGCAUGUUUUAUAAAAAGUAAAGGCUUAGAUGUAAAGCUGGAAAAUAUAAGAUGGGUCAUGCCAAUUCCGACCUUCUGGAAUGAUGCUGCGAAACAGUUUAUACGAAAAAGUAUCGACUUUAUUGAUAUACCCGAAGACCAGUUUCAGUUAGCUUUGGAACCGGAAGCCGCAUCCAUCUUUUGUCAACAACAGUUACCCAACUUCAACGCUUCUCUUCCUAGAACAAAAUACUUAGUAGUUGCUCUAGGAGGUGGCACAACAGAUAUUACAGCUCAUGAAAAAAUAUCAAGUUCAAGAUUACGAGAAUUGAUCUUUGCGACAGGAAACAGUUAUGGUGGUGUCACAGUGGACGAUAGGUUCAUGCAAAUGUUUACCGCCAUAGUUGGGAAAGACAUUGUUUCAGAUAUUAAACAAAAUUAUCCAAUGGCUUACAUUGGCAUUUUCCAAGGGUUCGAACAUGUAAAGCGUAAUAUUUCCACAACGAAUUCACAGAAAGUGGUAGUCAGCAUCCCAUUAUCUGUCUUGGAUUUGAAAUGUAAACAAGUAUUAGGUAAAGACUUUCGGUCUGCUAUUGAUGCAUCACAGUUCACUAAUGCUAUUGAACUUCGUGAAGAUACAAUGCAUGUUGAUGUAGGUUUAAUGAAAGCGUUUUUUAAUGUGACAAUCAAUAAUAUAUUAGAUCUUAUUAAAACGAGGCUUCUAGAACCGGCAGUAUCUGAUGUAUCUCAGAUACUUCUUGUAGGUGAAUUUGCAGAAAGUUCCUUGAUUCAAAACAAAGUAAAAUCCGCAUUUCCUGAUAAAAGAGUGAUCGUACCAGAAGCAGCAGGGUUAACUGUUUUAAAAGGGGCUGUAUUAUUUGGCCACAACCCGUCCUAUCUACAAUCCUGUGUAAUGCGAUAUACAUACGGGGUUGGCAUCAGCGAUGAAUUCGAUCCUGCUAUUCACGAUGAAGCACAUCUUGUUGUCCAGAAAAAUGGGUCGAAAUUAGCAAGGCACAUUUUUGAUGUCAUUAUCAGAAAAAAUCAACUUGUUGAUGCCGGUACAUCCAUCGAUAGCGAAUAUCUAACAAUAGACCCCAAUCAGAAAACAAUGGAAUUUGAAUUGUAUUUUUCAUCCAAUGAAAAACCUGUUUACAUAGAUGAAACGGACUGUAAGCCGUUGGGAUCAGUAAUCAUAACUUUUCCUGACGUCUGCCAGGAAGAGAGGGAUGUGAAAGUGUCAUUUGUUAUAGGGAAUACAGAAUUAGAAGUGAAGGCAGUGGAUAAAAAGUCAAGACAAACAGUUACAGCGGAAUUCAAUUUAUUCUAACAUUCAAUUUGGGGGACGAUCAUUUGAUUUUCUAGGUUGAGGAAUUUGGUAAGAACAGAAAAAAAUGAGUGAAUACAAAAAAUAUCCUACCCCUUGCGAAUAACAAAUAGUCGUCCCCUAAAUCUGAAAAUUAUUUUUGUUUAUAUUUUCAUACACUUAUAUUUACACGAUACAUGUAGUAGAUAAUUUUAAUAAUUAAAGAAUUAAAGAAUUAAAGAAUUAUUUGCGUCUGAUCAACAAAUCCUCAUUUUCCUACUAGCAAGUUUAUAGUUACCGGAAUAAAUAAAUGUUCAGGAAAGUGUUUUCUUUGACAUAAAAUGUGCUUAAAACCCGUGUAUACCGUUGCUUUAGGUAAUCUCCUCUGAAGUACUGUCACAGUGACCUAUAUUAGUGUAAAGGAAGGCAUGAUUUCUUAUCCAAUUUUAGUACUUUGUGAUGUGGCGUCCGGGACUCAGUGGUAUAUCCUCCUAGCAAGUCUUUGUAAUGAACAAUCACUUUACUUAUUUAAGAAAAGGACUAAAGACGCAUUUUCAUAAAGUUAUUUUUUGGAUCGCUCAUAGUAUAGACAUGGAUCUGUAAUUGAUUGUGUUUGACUGAUGUUGAUUUGCUACAAUAAUGUUUUAUACUUUUUAAUUUGAUUUGUUGUUGUUCUGUGUAUUUGGAUAAAACUUUUUACCAGGAUUCGUUGUCUUUCGGUAACAUUUUUGUAUGAAAACAAAGUAGUAGCUUUCAGUAAUUUCGAAAGAUAAGUCUAUACAUAUUCAAAUUCUAAGUCCAUUUAUAUUAUUAAGUUUCAGGGGCGGGUCCAGGUGAGGGCGUAAUGGGCGUACCUUUAAAAAAAAAAUUAAAAAAAAAAAAUAUCGUAAUCUGCUUAUAUUGUAUUGAAUAGUGCAUUUCACAAUUAUUUUAUGUUUUUUAGCAAAAAAAGGUCAACAAAAUUUUUGAUUCUACGCCCCCUCUUUCAAAUAUCCUAGAAACGCCCCUGAGUUUAGAUGAUAAUUUUUGACAUAUUUUACUAAUUUUUUGAUAAUUUUUUAAUCCAUUUUUUUAUUCGAAUUUGGUUAAGUUUUUAGAGUCUUAAUUUUUUUUAUUUGAUUAGAUUUUGUAUGCUUUUUUUCAAUUUCUACUUUGCAGUUCCGUGUAUGUCUGAAUGUGUGUAUUGUUAUAUAAUUCGCUUUCAAUAUGCCUUGUAAUAAUCUUGGAAAGUUUAUUCAAUUGCAAUAAACAUAAAUAUCAAAACAA